AUGCGCACAGACGACCCAAGCAGGCUCUGCAGCUGUCCAAUCCGCUGAGAGCUGCGAGAAAUCGAGUGAGAGAAAGCCCUGCAGCCCCUCCGACCCAUGUCUUUUCCGCACCAGGCACCCGCGGGCCAAGGGGGCGCGAAGCCGAGCGCCGACCUCCGCACACAUCAAGGCGGGAGCGCAGAGCAGCACGGAGGACCCGGCUUGGCCGCUGCGUUAAAGUCCUCAGCAGUGGCAGGGAGUGGGGAAUCAGGGUCACUUGGCUCCCAAGAGGGGCGAGCCGAGUGGGGGCGAAGGCCUGGAACUUAAUGGUCCCGGCAGCUGGGGCCAAAGAGUGCUAUACCGACCAGCGCCCCGGCGGGCGGGAAGAUGAUGAUGAUGUCCCUAAACAGCAAGCAGGCGUUCAGCAUGCCGCACGGCGGCAGCCUGCACGUGGAGCCCAAGUACUCGGCACUGCACAGCGCCUCGCCCGGCUCCUCCGCGCCCGCGGCGCCCUCAGCCAGCUCCCCCAGCAGCUCCAGCAAUGCUGGCGGCGGUGGUGGCGGCGGAGGCGGCGGCGGAGGCCGGAGCAGCAGCUCCAGUAGCAGUGGCAGCAGCGGCGGAGGAGGCGGCGGCGGGGGCUCGGAGGCGAUGCGGAGAGCUUGUCUUCCAACCCCACCGAGCAAUAUAUUCGGCGGGCUGGAUGAGAGUCUGCUGGCCCGUGCCGAGGCUCUGGCCGCCGUGGACAUCGUCUCCCAGACCAAGAGUCACCACCACCACCCGCCCCACCACAGCCCCUUCAAGCCGGACGCCACUUACCACACCAUGAACACCAUCCCGUGCACGUCGGCUGCCUCCUCUUCAUCUGUACCCAUCUCGCACCCGUCUGCACUGGCCGGCACCCACCACCACCACCAUCACCACCAUCACCACCACCACCAGCCGCACCAGGCGCUCGAAGGAGAGCUGCUGGAGCACCUGAGUCCCGGGCUGGCCCUGGGUGCCAUGGCUGGCCCCGACGGCGCGGUGGUGUCCACGCCGGCUCAUGCUCCGCACAUGGCCACCAUGAACCCCAUGCACCAAGCAGCGCUCAGCAUGGCCCAUGCGCACGGUCUGCCUUCGCACAUGGGCUGCAUGAGCGACGUGGACGCCGACCCGCGGGACCUGGAGGCUUUCGCCGAGCGCUUCAAGCAGCGACGUAUCAAGCUGGGGGUGACCCAAGCAGAUGUCGGUUCCGCGCUAGCCAACCUCAAAAUCCCCGGCGUAGGCUCGCUUAGCCAGAGCACCAUCUGCAGGUUCGAGUCUCUCACGCUGUCACAUAACAACAUGAUCGCGCUCAAACCCAUCCUGCAGGCUUGGCUGGAGGAGGCGGAGAAGUCCCACCGUGAGAAGCUCACCAAGCCGGAGCUCUUCAAUGGCGCUGAGAAGAAGCGCAAGCGCACGUCCAUAGCUGCGCCUGAGAAGCGCUCGCUUGAAGCCUACUUUGCCAUCCAGCCGCGACCCUCCUCGGAGAAGAUCGCCGCCAUAGCGGAGAAGCUGGAUCUUAAGAAAAACGUGGUGCGCGUCUGGUUCUGCAACCAGAGGCAGAAACAGAAAAGAAUGAAAUAUUCCGCCGGCAUAUAGGAGACCCUUGGCCAUUCCAGGGACAGCCCACUCCUUGUCCCCCCCUUUUCUCCCUCUUUCUCUCCUGCCUCUUUUCUUUCCACUUUUGGCGACCAGAAACAAUUCCAGUAAAUGUGAAUCCAGAGAAAGCGAGGAUUGAAGAGGGAACGAAGGAGCGAGCAACUGAGCCCAAGCCAGAGAGAAUGUGAAAGGGUUUCUGAAAGAAAAGAAAAACAAAAGAUGGGAUUUGUCAAGUUGUAGAAAAGUUGUCCCUUUUAACCCCACCUCGGCUUCUUCAGAGGUAGUGUGGAGCUGGCUGUUUGCAGGAAGGCAGAAGAGACAGCCUUUUAAAAGUCCGCAAAAAUGAGCAAGUAAGAUUUGUUUUUAUUCUUACAGACAUCACCCUUGUUCAAGUUUAAAAGUACACUUUGCAGCUAUUUUUCAGAAAUAGAAAUUGAUUCAGAACUGAAAACUUUAAACUAGAGUUGAUGCUUAAUGGGAUAGAGACAUCUCUAAAGUAUUUUGAAUUUUAAAAAGAUGGCAGAUUUUUCUGCAUUUACACUGUAUAUUAUAUAUAUAUUUUUAUUGUGGUUCUUACCCUCUUCUUUCUCUGAAGUGUUAAUGCUUAAGAAAGGAGUUGCUCCUGCUGUGUUCACUGAUCUUGAAAGCUAUUAUUAGAUUAUUGCCGAACAACCCUCUGUAAAUUAUUAAUUUAUCUCUCUAGCAACUUAAUUUGUGCACAUUCUAAUUAAUUAAACUUCUUUAGUCUAAAAAAAAACCGGGGGGAACGUAUAGCUAGUGGUGUUCAAAAAUUUUUGUUUGAUGAGUUCACUGAAUUUUUACAGCUUCCCUCUUAUAACGUGUUCUUUUUGGCCUACUUGUAUAUUCUCACUUUGAAUGAAGCUUGUUUUUUCUUUGUUUUUACUGGUAGUGUUCUGAUUUGUGAGUUGACACUCAGUAAUGGAUGUCUUAAUCGUGGAGACCUGAUUCACUGUCCUGAAGUAUUGUUUACUUUGUUACAUAUUUAAUGGGGAUUCCCACAUUGUCCCCACUACACCGGAGCUCGCUCUCUCUCUCACCCUUACACGUCUACACACACAAACACAUAUUCACACAUCCCUAACAGAAGAAGCAAUUGGAAGCUUGAGUCCUGCAUCAUUUUCUAGCAUUUGGUGCAUUUUUCACUUGGUGCUUGCCCCUCCGAUUCUAAGAUUUCACCAAAAUAUUGCAAUCUUCCAGUUUUCAAUUGCUUUGUUGACUACAUUUUAACAUUUGUAGGAACCCUUCAGUUUUUCCUUUUGGAGGUUUGUUUGUAGAAAAGUGAAUUUGAACUAUUUGAAAGACAGUGCACUGCUUGUAAAUUCACAUUGUUUGGUAGAAUUCUUUUGGAACAAAAAUAAUUAGGUACACAAUGACCAGUACCUUAUUAUUGUAAAUAUUUCAUUCAAAAUGAUGCACAUAUAGAUAUAUUCUUACAAAUUUUGCUGUAUUGCUGUUCCAUUUGAGGUUCUCCAAAGUCUUGAGUUCUGUAUAUGAUCUGGUUUCUUGUUUUUGUUAAUAGAUGGUUUAUUUACUAUGGUAAUGUAUUAAGUUAUUUUUGGUGUUUGAUUGUCUUUCAUUGAAGAGAUGAUUUUAAUGUUUUAUUGGCAAAGUAUGCUGUUUUUCAUUAAAAUAUGCUAUUAAUAUUAAAUGGCUUUUAAAAUG